AUGGGACAUCCCCCAGCCGCUGCAGUCUGGAUCUGGACGUUUUUGCUAUUGGUGUUGGAAGCCUGGACAGGACACUUGAGGGCACAGGAGCCCAAGGUGCUGGGUGGCCAGGAGUGUGAGGCCCAUUCACAGCCUUGGCAGACAGCCUUGUUCCAGGGUGUCCGGCUGCUAUGCGGGGGCGUCCUCAUCGAUGACAACUGGGUCCUCACAGCAGCCCACUGUAAAAAACAGAAGUACACGGUACGCCUGGGGGAACACAGCCUGAAGAAAAAGGACAGUUCAGAGCAAGAAAUGGCUGUGGCUCAGUCCAUCCCACACCCCUGCUACAACAGCAGCAGCGAGGACCACAGCCAUGAUCUCAUGCUCAUCCGACUACGUGGUCAGGCAUCCCUGGGGCCCCAAGUGAAGCCCAUCAACCUGGCGGAUCACUGCCCUCAAGUUGGCCAGAAGUGCACCAUCUCGGGCUGGGGCACCGUCACCAGCCCCCGAGAGAAUUUUCCUGACACCCUCAACUGCGCAGAAGUAGAAAUCUUUCCCCUGAAGAAGUGUAAAGAUGUCUACCCUGGGGAAGUCACAGAUGGUAUGAUUUGUGCAGGAGACAGCAAUGGGGCCGACUCAUGCCAGGGAGAUUCCGGGGGCCCGCUGGUGUGUGAUGGUGUUCUCCAAGGCAUCACAUCCUGGGGAUCAGACCCCUGUGGGCGGCCCGAGAGACCUGGUAUCUACACCAACAUUUGCCGCUACUUGGACUGGAUCAAGAAGACCAUAGGCAGCAGGGGUUGAUGCUAGGACAAGCUCUGGACCCACUUCAAUAAACUCACAACU